CUCUUAAUCCUUUUUCUUUAAGUGAAAUAGGCAAAUAUCCGAUCAAUAUUUAUUGCGAUACUGACACUUUUCCUAACUUGUUGAUUAACCUCCAAGUACCAUCUUGUCCACUUUCGGAAGAAGAAUGCCGACAAAUAAAUCAUCUUCAUUAUAUCUUAAAAGGGCAAGAAAUAGUUGUUGACAAUGAGAGCAGAAAAAUAAAAAUCGGUGAGGCGGUUAUUCUGGAAAAGCGGGGUGUUGGUGAAAAUAAUCCGGACAGCCGAGGCACGCGGGCUUUGAAAUUACUUCAUAAAUUAGUGCCAGAGUUUACGGCUGUUCAUCCUAGUACCGAUAAGAAAUUAUUUCAAGAAUUUAGUCGCUACAAAAAUCCACCUCGUUUUGAAGUUUUUCAAGAAGGAACUUUUGAGAAUGUUUAUUAUAUUGAUAUUAAAUCUUGUUAUGCAAAUAUUAUGCAGGAUUAUCCUUUGCCUUGUGGUCGACCUGAACAUUUAAAAGAUCCGCAAUUGAUAGAACAAAAAUUGCAAGAAGGCAAAAGCGGAUUU